CGUAUAUUAAACAAUUGGUAGCAUCAUAGUGUUAUCUGGCUAAAGAAAAUUCGUGGAGCAAUGGACUUUCGCAACAAGAAUGACGUUUAUGGCAUCGGCCAGCGUCGUUUGGGAAUCGGUAACUCAAUCGGCUCUGGCUCUGGCCUGGGUGCCGCAUUUUAUGCGCCAAACUUCGGCAACGAUGGUGGUGGCUUCAGCUACAACAACAGCAACACCAACAACAUGCAGCUGGACCGCGGCCAUAAUCAAGGAUUUGGUAACAGGAACUCGAGCCCAGAUAUGGGGGGAAACUUUAAUCGUAAUCGUUCCACAAACGAAAACAAUUUUUCCUACAACGACAACAAUCGCCAGCGGGACUUGGAGAUGAUCUCGCGAGAUGCCGCCUCGAAUAGCUAUUUGCGGGGCCUAGAAAACCGCUCCAACUUCAAUUCCAACAACAAUAACAACAACCAGAAUCAGCGCUAUAUCAAUUCCAAUGAUAGCUUUGGCGAUAGCCAGCAGCGACGAGACUUUGACGACAAUUUCCGUGGUGGCGGCUCAUCGGGAAAUUUGGGAAUUUCCCGGGACCUGCCGAGCAAUUUUGGGAACUUUGGUCGUACCGACAACAAUGAUUCCCCAAGUUUUGGCAACCGGAAUUCGGUGAGUUCUAAUUUCAAUUCCGAUUUCCGUAACUUCGACAACAACUAUCGUGGCCCACAGUCGAACACCAACUUCGGCGACAACAAUGGGCGUUACUUCAAUGAUGCCCCACGGAACCAGAGUCGUUCCAAUAACGUUGGCGGACCCUCGGACGAUGUGUCCAACUUUAUUGAUAAUUAUCGCGGCGGCCCCAGGUCGCAAAACUUUGGGGAUCAGCGCUCCUCCAACUUUAAUAAUGCCGACUCUUAUGGCGGUGCCGGAGGCGGCGGCAAUUUUAAUGACAAUUUCCGUGGCAAUAAUUACGGAAACUCUGGCUCCAACGACUUUGGACCUCCUGGCGGCUUUAACAACAAUAUUGGCAUGAAUAAUGUCGGUCCAUCUGGUGGCAAUUUUGGCAACAACAACAGCCGUAACUUUGCCCAGAACGAUCGGCGCAACUUCAACGACGGCAACGCCCGGAACAACUCUUGGAACAACUCCAAUACGCAGCAAUCGUCUUCAUUGCAAGACUCUGGAUAUCAGUCGGCUGGCAACGGAAAUGGCAAUGGAAACGGCAACGGCAACGGCAAUGGUAAUCUGUCUGCCUGGGAGGCCAGCCAGCGGGCCUACAACUCGAAGCGGAAUCAGAAUCCACCCAAAAAGAACCUAAACAACGGCGGCGUCGUCCGCAAACCGGUCCCGGCACCAGCAAUAAAAAAUAUUCAAGGUAUUCGAGCAAAUCCAAAAACGGUGGCCUUGAUCACGUCCAAUGCGACUAGAAAUCCAGCAGUACGGAAUGCUGUCGGUGCCGGUGGCAAUGCACGCAUCGCCGGCGGACCCGGAGCCAAUCCACGGAAUGCCGGCGGUCCCGGACCCAAUCCAAGGAACGCUCUGGGUCCCGGCCUCAAUGCACGCAAUGCCGUCGCACGCAUUGUUGGAACAUUGCAGACCCUGAGCAAUGUUGUGGGCAAUCAAAUGAAGGUAAAGAACGUCGGACCCAAUCAAAGGAAGCCAAACAAUGUCGGGCCGAAUCAAGGCCGGCCACAGAACGCUGUCAAUGCCAGUAGGAAUCCGCUUCCAGUCAGAGCCAGGAACGCUGGGCCAGCACUCAAUCCUGGCAAACCCAGGCCCCCAGUGGUCAACAAUGCCCAACCAAAGGGUCAGACCGUCGCUGGUGCAGCACCACGACCUGGACAAAAGCGUCCUACCCCAGCAGCAGUUGCAGCACCAGCAGCAGUCAGCUCGCCGCUUUCAAAGUCUGAGAGAAAGUGGCUAAAGGUGGCCCGUAAGCGUGGUUUCCUUAUGGGCGGCUUCAAGCUGCCAUAUCUCCUCAAUGGGGAUCCGAAGAAACUUCCGCAGUUUGAGGACGAAUCGUAUGCGGUGGCCUUCUUUGAGCAGACCUUCAUUUACAGUACAAACCCAUACGCCGGUGAGGAGGAGUUCACCGAGGCAGCUGUCGUUAUCAAUGAGGAUUCGGAUGACGAAGCGGUCAAGGCUGCGCGUAAGAUCCACAAGCGUACCAGGAAACGUCUGCGCACCGAUUUGGUGUCCGUUCAUCAGUCGACCAGCACCAUGGACUGGCCCAGUUGGUGGAAAGAGUACAAGACCCUUGGGGAGGAGAUUGACAAGCAGUUGAAGGCCUGUGGCAAUCUCAAUCUCGAACACAGCUUCUUGCCCAAUUUCCCGAAGCUAACCACCGAACAGGUGAUCGAAGCUGUCAUCAAGUCGGCGCACUUUGGAUUGGAGAAGAAUGUGGAUGUGCCGUUCGAUACCAUGAAGACGAUUUUCACGCUGAUGAAUCUAACGUUUUUGGAGAACCUGACGGAUGCGAACAAAGAGGAAAUACAGAAUAUAAUACGCAACAUACCCAAUGCUCUUUGGGUACACAAGAUGCGCACCAUGAUCAAUCUGUGGGCCAAAUAUAAGGAAGUCGCGGAGCCUUCCACGGCCACAGAUGCCGAGGCCAAGGAGGAGCAUAGCCGUCUGCAGCAGGCCACGGCCCGUGAAUGGAAGAGUCCCGGCUUCCAUUGGGUGGCCAAGCAGGCCUUUGAUGAACUUGUGUCUAUUAGCGCUGCCGAGUGGAAGGAUCAUGCUACACUCUUUCCAAAACUAGAGUAAUCCGAUCCAAUCCUCACAUCACGGCUCCUUUUUAGCCUCAACAUUCUACUAAAUCCCCAAUCCUCCCAUUUAACUUAGCAGCAGAUCCUUGCUUUCCUGCUUUCAGAUUGUACGAAACAAAUUUACACACAUGUAUUGAUGAAGAUCCUAUGUACCAAUAGGCGUUAGAUUGUAAUUAGAUCAGAUUGAUUGAACAAAUAAAAUACCGACCCACAAUUA